AUGAAAUCCUCGCUUGUCAUGCUCUCGGCCGCCUUUGGCCUGGCCGCCGCUGUGCCUCGUCACAACCACCACGCCCACCACCAACACCACAAGGAGAUGAAGCGUGAUGCUACCGCAACUGAGAACGUCGACGUCUUUGUUGCUGGACCCACGAUCGUCAUGUACUCGCUCAACGGCAACAUCGUCUCCGAGGCCGAAGUCCUCGAGGGCAUCAAGAACGGUACUCUGGUCUGGGCCAAUGGUGCACCAUCCCUCGCCGACCCCUCGUCCUCGGCUGUGCCCUCGACCUCUUCCCCCCCCGCCGCUGCCAGCACUACCUUCUUCACCUCGACCUCGUCCAGCUCUUCCAGCUCGACCAGCGUCUUCGUCAGCACUAGUGCUUCCUCAUCCCAGCAGAGUGCUGCCUCUUCUACCGCUUCCUCUUCUUCUUCCUCGUCCUCGUCGGCUGGUCUCGACACUACAUUCCCCGAUGGAGAGAUUGACUGCUCCGACUUCCCCUCUGAAUACGGUGCCGUUGCUCUUAACUACCUCGGUCUUGGUGGCUGGACUGGUGUCCAGUCGCCCGGCUUCGGAAGCUCCCUCCUUGGUCUGACCAACAUCAAGACCGUCACUCACUCCAACUGCGGAGGUAGCGGCUGCUGCUCCGAGGGUAUGUACUGCUCAUACGCCUGCCCUGCCGGCUACCAAAAGGCCCACUGGCCCUCCACCCAGGGCUUGACUGGUCAGUCCGUUGGUGGCCUUCUCUGCAAGAACGGCAAGCUUUACAAGACCAACGCCAAGCACGACACUCUUUGCAUCACUGGUACCUCCGAGGUUACUGUCCUUGUUCGCAACGAAAUGUCCUCGAGCGCUGCUGUCUGCCGUACUGACUACCCCGGUACCGAGAGCGAGACUGUGCCCGUUACUGCCAACCCCGGCAGCACUGCAAACCUGACCUGCCCUGAUGCCACCUACUACGAGUGGACUGGUAAAACUACCUCUGCCCAGUAUUAUGUCAACCCUGCCGGUGUCUCAGCCGAAGAUGGCUGCCAAUGGGGAUCCUCUGCUAACCCUUGGGGUAACUAUGCUCCUCUGAACCUUGGUGUUGGUUACUCCAACGGUGCUGCAUGGCUCGCAAUCUUCCAGAACGCUCCCACCACCAACGAGAAGCUCGAUUUCACCAUCACCCUUGAGGGAGACAACAUGGACGGCAAAUGCAGAUACAGUAACGGACAGUACUGCAGUGGCAGCAACUACGAGUCAUGCAGCUCCACCUCUGGUUGCACCGUCUCCGUGAAAUCUGGAACUGCUUACUUUGUCUUCUCCGACUAA